UGCAGCAGGCUGUCAGAUGCUCCAAAAAGGCUCCCAGAUGUUACUGCUUUGGGCUCUCGGAUUGGUUUGGCUGACUUGCGGCUUCACCACUGUUUGUGAAUCUGCCAUGGGAGCAAAUGCAGCCUCUAAAAACGACUGUUAUCGAAAAACCUGUAUGGAAAUAAAGUAUGACAUCCGCGAGGCUGUGUGCUGUGAGAAUCGCCUUGAUUCCGGGGCAGGGCUUUCAUGCUGUGGACAGCAGAGUUUCAACCCUGCAGUAGCCACUUGUUGUAAAGUUGAACAUGGAAAAGCCACAACAGCUCUUACACAGGGUCUAAGCGAAACAGUGUCAGCUUGCUGUGAACUUAAGGCUUAUGACUCGCUCAAUGAAAUAUGCUGCCAGUCAACCAUCUUAGCCAAACCUGCGCCAAAGGCCCAAUGCUGUGGUAAAGAGGCAUUUGAUGAAGACAAGCAGAUGUGUUGCGGUCGGAACAGGACGAUCCUGACGAGGAACUCCACUCACCACCAGUGCUGUGGAGAUGACCAGUACGACAUGAAGACUCAGUGCUGCUGUGAGAAAAAUGAAACUCUUACAGUACAACCUAAGGAUUCCAGCUGCUGUGCAGAGGCUUUAGGUGCUUCAGAGGCAUUUGAUGAAGACAAGCACAUGUAUUGUGGUCGGAACAGGACGAUCCUGACGAGGAACUCCACUCACCACCAGUGCUGUGGAGAUGACCAGUACGACAUGAAGACUCAGUGCUGCUGUGAGAAAAAUGAAACUCUUACAGUACAACCUAAGGAUUCCAGCUGCUGUGCAGAGGCUUUAGGUGCUUCAGGUGUAAAAAACAAGAACAAAAACAGACCUCAACUCAACUGCACAAGUCUCUGUGGGUCAUCAUGUUACAAUCCAAAUAUGUCUCGCUGCUGUGAGAGAAACCAGACCAAGGCUCGUUGGUGCUGCACCCCAGGUAUGACAGGAAAAUGUGAUGCUGUCCCCACCGUGUAUGACCCAAAAAAGCAAGUCUGCUGUGAUGGCUGUGUAUCUGAGAAGAGGCCUUGGAUAGAUCAAUGCUGCGGAGAGACGCCGUAUGGUUUGGCACAACGUGGAGUUCUCUGUUGUAAUAACACCUUGUAUAAGGACAGAGAAGAUGGAGAGGAAUGUUCAGAGAGCAAUAUUCCUUACAACCCAGCUAAAGGGACUAUAUGUUGUUCGCAGUUUCAUGGCUCACCUGGACAACAUUGCUGUGGGGCAGAAGUCUAUUGGCCUCAGACUGAGAUCUGCUGCAAUGGACACAGAAAUCCCAAAGUAGAAAAUAUGCACUGCUGUGGGGUGAAAGCCUACAACAUUAAAGACCCACAGAUGAAGUGCUGUGCAGGGACACUGUACAACCUGACGCAGCUAGGCAGGGUUGGACAUGACGCGAGGUGCUGUGGGUCCAUUCUGCAAAACCCACUGGAUGUUUGCUGCUCACGUGAGGACAAGGAGGUGCUCUACACCAACAAGACAGGAUUCAGAUGCUGUGGUCACCUCUACUACAACACGUCUCUGUGGUCAUGCUGUGCAGACAAGCUGAGCCCAGUACACCAACCGGGACAGCAUCAGAGCCAGACGAGUAAUGAAUCCAGACUUCUAUCAGUGAACAAUCUGAAUGAAACAGAUCUUUGCGAAGAAAUGCUAAUUGGGACUGUGGAAAGUGUGUCUCUGAACAGCACCGUGUUAAGCAGUGUCCUGAAAAUCUGUGGAAGAAAUGGCACUGUGAAACCUCUGCCCUCACCUCACAUCCUGGAAACACUUAAUCGCUGUGACUCACCUAAACUGAUCCCUGGAAAGACUUACUUUUUUGAUCGAGUUAAUGUCUUUAUUGAUUUCAACCAUGAUUCUAUUCUCCAGUCACUCAGUUUCAUUAUUUCCAAGUGUUAUCAUUUUUAGGUCACCACUGGUUAAUCUGUUCCUGUUGAUCAGGGCCAGAUUAAUUUACUGUGGGGGCCAUGGGGCAAAAUUGUAAAUUGUAAAGCACGGAAGUACAGUCUUGGAUGUGUUGACAGCAUUGAUGUGGAUUUGGCUGACUCAGGAACAACCUAAUACCCCCACAGAACCAGCAGUGCAUAGUGUUUACAGCAAGGCAUUAAGAGUGUCCGACUCAGGACCUUGUGCACGGCUAAAUCACCAGUAAUAGCGUCCUUUUGCAAGUAAAUGGUUAAAACGAUAUCAUUUAUAUUAGUAGCUAAAGUCAAAUUUUAAUAGAAUGUUAGCAAAAGUGGUCGACUCAGGAUUGAGUGACAUUACUCUCUGUGCAUUGUGUAUGUAUUAGUUAGCAAGUAAUAAUUACUCUACAAUAUUAACUGUAAUAUUAUUAAUGUAAAAAAAAUUGCGCAGCUAUAUGGCCCCAAUUUUUUUGUAACUUAAUGUGGCACUUUACUAAAACUAAUUUGCAAUCAAAUUACCACAAACAAAUUGCUACCCAAUAAACCUGGAACCUUCAGGCCCCUAGAUGGUCUGCAGCGGCACGCAUCACUCCAGAAGUCCCUGAAGCUGCAGGGUUCACACUCCCUCCAACUGGAAAACCUGGUGAUUCCUGAAUGAAAUAUUACCAGAGGCUUGUGAUCUAGUUCAGAAGACAGUAUGUAAAUAAAACAACUUUGGAGUUACCUGAAGGCAUAUUCCUUCUCUUUUGGUGGAGGCUAGCCACCAUCUUCAACCUCUAGCUGCUCCACUAACUAAAGUGUAAUCACUUACUACUUGUUACUAAAGGCAGUAAUCACUAUAGUAACACUGCCAAACAUGGUGCCAUAUUCAUUUGUACACUGUGAAGUAUACUACUAGGAUUAAUUUCCAAAGAUUGACAAAAACUAUAGCCAUAAAACCUGAGCAAAAUAUGUUACUCCAAAAGUAGCUGACUUCUUUGCGGUCAUGGUAGCUGGUAGCAUGCAAGAAUAUUAAUAUCUAGCUUGAUUGUCAAAUAAGCUAAACAGCUUUCAGCUAAUAUGUGUGGUUUUUCAAAAUAUUAUACAAGUCUUGAUUAUUUUUAUGCUUGAUUGUUUUUCUAUUUUUGCAAUGAACUACAUAAUAUAUGGCAACUGUUUGCA